GCGAUGAUGAAUGCAAUGUCGUGGAGGGCCUACGACACCGCAGCAGGAUUUCAACGAACAUCACCCUAUGAUGGUUCGAUGGAUUUCCAAUUCGGUGAAGGGCGCGAGUGCGUCAACUGCGGUGCAAUUUCUACGCCACUGUGGCGCAGGGACGGCACAGGGCACUACCUCUGCAACGCCUGCGGACUUUACCACAAGAUGAACGGAAUGAACCGGCCCCUGAUCAAACCCAGCAAACGACUGGUAAGUCAAUUUCAGACUGCAACACGCCGUUUGGGUUUGUGCUGCACGAAUUGCGGAACUCGCACGACAACUCUUUGGCGGCGAAAUAAUGAAGGCGAACCGGUAUGCAACGCUUGCGGUUUAUAUUUCAAACUGCACGGCGUCAAUAGGCCAUUGGCCAUGCGGAAAGAUGGCAUCCAGACCAGAAAACGAAAACCCAAGAAGCAGGGCGGAGGAAAUGGAGGCAGCAUAGGAAGUGGAAAUAGUACAACGCCUGUUAGCGAAACUACGCGGAAGGAGAGCUCUUCUCCAGCUGAAGAUCUCAAACCGCCAAUUCAGCAACAGACUACUUCUGCAAGCCACCACCAAACCACACCAUCCUCUGUUGAUAAUGAGAUCAACAAAAGCCAUAACACGAAUGGUCAACAAACUCCGACAAGUAUCAGUGAGCGACCGUAUUUAGGCCACACAUCCUUGUUACCUGCGACAAGCAGCGCAAACUUAACUACACACCAUCACCAGCAACAACAACCUCAGAAUUUACAUCACCACAGUACUAGUCAGCAACAUCACCAUCAGCAACAUAGUAGUAACAACAAUAUAUCCAGUGCUGGCAACAUGAAUCCGCAACAUGUGAAUAGUCAUCUUUCUCACCACAGUCCAUUAUCUUCAUCCAUGAGCCAUCAUCAUACAAUGCACACACCUUCGUCGAUCAAUUCGGGGUAUCAACACGUGAAAAAUGAACCUAGUGAAUACGAUUACAUGAAUAAUUGUCUUCCUGGAAGUUAUUUUACAGGAACCAGUUUUGGUACGCCUUUGAGUCAUUCACAGAGCAGUGCUGUAGAUUCACUGAGUGGGUACCAUCAUCAACACAAUGUCAUCCAAGCCGCUAAAUUGAUGGCAACUUCUUGA